UACACUUCUACUGUGCUAUAUCUGGUCCAGUCGCGUCCAUGAUGAGCUUGCAUCACAUUCUAUACGCGGUCUUGCACCACCUCCAUACCGCGUCUUACUAACUCCAAUACAGCCUCCGAACUUCUACCUCAUACACCAGCAUAAUCCUUAAUACCACACAAACGAACCAUGCCUCCUAACCGUGCCGGCAGCCGUAGAGCUGUCACGAAUGAGAACGAUGAGAAUAGUGCCGUGGGAACAACACGUCUGACUAGGUCGAAGUCAGCCGCGUUCAGUGAAGAUUCUGCAGUCGGUGCCAAGAAGCCACUUCAAUCCAAGAAGGUCGCCGUCAACACCCAACAAGUCCGAAAGCGUUCUGCCUUAGGAGAUGUGAGCAAUGUCACGAAGGGUGAGAUAGUCGAAGGAAAGAAGAACUUGGGCAAGGCUGGAUUGGCGUCGAAGGCCGCACAACCAACCGGUGUUCAGAAGAACCAGAACCUGUCGCGUACAAACUCCUCAAGAUCUGCACUCAGUACCAAGGAUACGAACAAGAAGGCAGAAGUGAAGCGUACCGGCUCCGGUGUCUUGGCCGGGAAGCGAAAGACAAGCUCAACCUCAAGUACGAUGAUCAAAGAGGAGACUCCGGCCGAAGAUGAACAACCGUCAAGAAAGAAGAUCCACAUUGAGCAACAGAGAGUUACCGUCGAGGAGACCCAAGAGUACAUGGUAGAGCCAGAAGUCGCCGAGAAGAAGUCAAUCAAGCAAGCUUUCGCUGAUGGUGUUGAGGAUUUGGACAGAGAGGACAUGGACGAUCCCUUGAUGGUGGCUGAAUACGUCGUGGAUAUCUUCAAUUAUUUGAAGGAGCUAGAGAUUGCUACGCGACCCAACGCUGAUUACAUGGAACAUCAAGAGGACUUGGAGUGGAAGAUGCGUGGUAUUCUUGUCGACUGGCUGAUCGAGGUUCACACCCGUUUCCACCUUCUCCCUGAGACACUCUUCCUUGCCGUCAAUAUUAUCGACCGCUUCCUCUCCACCAAAGUCGUUCAACUUGACCGUCUCCAACUCGUUGGUGUCACCGCCAUGUUCAUCGCCUCCAAGUACGAAGAGGUUCUCUCUCCUCACGUCGCCAACUUCCGUCACGUUGCUGAUGAUGGCUUCACCGAGGCUGAGAUUCUCAGUGCCGAGCGAUAUGUCCUCACUGCUCUCAACUACGACCUCAGCUAUCCCAACCCUAUGAACUUCCUCCGCCGUAUCUCGAAGGCCGAUAACUAUGACAUUCAAACACGUACCCUUGGCAAGUACCUGAUGGAGAUCAGCUUGCUUGACCACCGAUUUAUGGACUACUUGCCGAGUCAUAUUGCCGCCGCUGCCAUGUACCUUGCUCGUAAGAUUCUUGAGCGAGGAGAGUGGGAUGUCACCCUGAGUCACUAUGCUGGCUAUGAUGAGGAAGAGAUUGAACCUGUAUUCAGACUUAUGGUCGAUUACCUUGCUCGUCCUGUCACUCACGAAGCCUUCUUCAAGAAGUAUGCAAGCAAGAAGUUCCUCAAGGCAUCCAUUCUCACCAGACAGUGGGCCAAGAAGAACGCCGCUGACCUCGACAUCGAUGUGUCUGUUCCACUUGACGCUGCUCGAUAGAGAUCCUACUCUUACGAAUUAUCCAUACAUGAAUGGCUUCACCUUGCUCUCGCUGGAUACCCUGAAUGCAUUAUUGGAUGGGAUGGGAUACGAACCGACAUUAUGAUAGAUGGAUGACUGUUUGGAGACUGCGAUUCAUCUAUGUUUGCCUCGCCGAAUCAUUUCGAUCUCGUGCUUGAGGGAUGCUAUGGAAAAAUAUCGCGGUCUCA